CCUACUUCCUUAUUGCCGUACAUACAUCGUCGUCGCAUCUCUUUUCAACCUCACGCUAUUGAUUCGUUACCAGAUUUGGACCAUGAUCCCUCACCUUAAUGGCCUUAUGCGUCCGGUAUAAUAGAUCAGCCGUGGACCCUUGGAUUGGAGCACCACUGCGCAUCGAUCUAUCGAUAAGCUUGUGUAGACGUCCGGCACCAUCUUUUCACCAUGCUAUCCAACCACAAGUCCACCACCACCCCCGGGCCCAAGAGGCACCCAGUCCUUGUUCCAAGAACGGCUGGAUUGUCCACCCCCCGAGAUUUCCGCGUGGCUACCACACUCACACGGCUAAACACCUGCACUCUCACCGCUCCUACGCAUCUCACCCCAGCACCCCGAAAGCACGAAGCAUACCGCAACCCGGCCGCGGGAGGCGAAGGUGGAGCAUAUGUCGCCAUCCCGCCGCCAAUCGCCCUUGUACCACACGCUCUAAACAAUUCUCCGGCGCUGCGUUGUCCGCGUCGCAAACCGCAUCGCGGUUUCUACCUCUUCGGCUCUUGUGCCGGCCGCACAUGACUGCACUGCCCGCAUGCACUUACACUACUUACACAUACAUGCACAUGUCAAUUGCAGCACAGCGCAGUAGCUGCGACGAAGUGGAGCAUCAUUCCCCUUCAAAUUUGCUUACUUGCAAGUUGCUUCAGGGUGUCGUUAUCGCUAUUGCUGUUCCUGUCGUCUUAGGCAGGUUCUUGAAGGAGAGGCUAGACCGCAGCAGACUGCGGUGCGUUGGGCGCCCGCCGCUAUCCGUAGAACUGGGUGUCUUAAGCCUACAGCCUCUGCUAUACGCGCUGCAGCGAGGAUUCCCCGCAAAGACGCACGAUGGCGAGUGGCCGGGCGGCCGCUAUGGUGAUCUGGAUAAUUAAUAGCGACCAGCGUUGCGGUCGACACAUCGGCCUGCAUAAUACGGAGUUGUUAAUUUUCCCGGUGGAGCGAGAAUGCGGGGUGCGGUUCCUAACAGACUACUGGCACUGCGUGAGCAGAGGCGCGUCUGAGCAGAGGCGAAUCUUGCAACACGAGGUUGUCAACCUUGAACGGUAGAUAAGCUGGUGGGCCUAUGCAAGGGGUGCCUUAGUGGAGCUGCAACAACCACACGUUUGUGUGCCAUGUAUGAGGGCUAACGGCGGCUUUUCGGCGGGGCGCCUCGUGACAUCCUUCCCCUCGCGCCUUACACACGCCGCCAAGCCCCGCCCGGGGGCUCUACUCUAUCCGUCCAAACAGCACCAGCAUCCAGACUUGUUCG